GAAAAGUUUUCUAUAUAUUCUGUGCUCAAAUAGACCAAACUAGGCAAACUUCACUAUCGUUGAUUAGGAAUAGCAAGGAGUAUUAGUAAAAUGGGAUAUCGGAUAUGUGAUGUAGUAUCAAGGGAUCAAAGAGGUUAUUUAGGAAUAAUAAACGGUAAUGGGUGUUAAAAUGUGGUAUUUGGGAAUAGAAACGGUUAAAAUGGGACGUUUGAUGUAUAAAACGAGUUAUUUGGGAACAACAUGGCUAUUUGUGGAUAGAAAGGAGUAAAAUUGGGUGUAUGAUGGAUUACAGGCAGUAUUUUGGGCUAGCAAAGGGUUGUAGGUGUUACAAGAUGGUAUUUAGGAACAGAAAGGGUUAACUGAGUAUCGAAUGCAGUAUCGAUGGAUAACCAGGGGUAUUUAGGGAAAAUAAAGGAUAGUAGAGUGUUACAUGAUAGUACUUUGGGGUAGAAAGGAGUAGAAUUGGGUAUUGAUGGUAAAAUGAAGUACUUCAUAUAAGUUACAUUAGAAAUUGUUUUAAAAAACAAAUGGUGGCCAAACUAGCCCGUUUCUGUCGAGUUUUUUAUCGACGACGACCGUUAACUGUCGUUGUCUUUCUUCUAUCUUGUUUCUCUUGCCUUUGGCUUUUUGGAUUCGUCUACCAGACGACAGAACCAGUGGAAUAUCGUCAUGUUCGCUUCGGUGAGCACAGCGAAUGUACACACUACAAAAGUAUGCCGAAAGUCUCAAAUGGACGCAAAAAGUUGAUAUUAUUUUAUACAACCAUCUUUGACCAAUACGCAGUAUUCUACCCAGACGAGUACCGAUGUUGCGAGCCUUUUAACUGUGAAAUUACGACAGAUAAGAGCAGAUUAUUACAAAGCGAUGCAGUUCUAUUUCAUGGGCGAGACCUUCCCAGGGGCAAACUUAUGCCAAAACAAAGAACAGCUAAACAGCGUUGGAUAUUUUUCACACAUGAAAGUCCUUAUCAUUCGAAAAUCGUACCAAGCGAAUAUAAUGGCAUGUUCAACUGGACAAUGACUUACGAAAGAAGAGCUGACAUAUAUGAACCGUAUGGUUAUUACAAAAAAAACGUAGAUGGAAAAGACUUAAAAGGUUUGUACGCCAUAUGGCCCAUUUGGCCAUUUCUUUCACUGGAUACAUUAAGCAUUAUCCAGUCGGGUGACUGCAAAUUUCAGACCCCAAUUUAAAUGUUUAUGUGUUGUCACACGAAUGUCACACACAAAAAAAUUAUUUUCUGUCCUACCUACCCGAUUUCAGGAUAUGAAACCGGAACGGGACGGCCAGGAUAUCUUUUGUAAGAUGACCUUAGUGCACAGAAAGUAUCUUGAUGGAAUGUAAUUUUUAUUACAAUUUUACCAUUAUUAUAAAUUGAAAUAAUUGUCAAACUUUUUUUCUCUAUUUUAGUAGAAGAACAAAGAAAUUAUGCAGAAGGAAAAGACAAGCUGUUGGUAUCUGUUAAUAGCCAUUGUCAAACACCCGAUAAUGUGAGAGAGAAUUUUGUGCGAGCUUUGAACAGAAUCACUAAAGUGGAUGUUCGUGGUAAAUGUGGUGGUAUAUUCGGCAGGAUUAGUUGUCCAAGAUGGAGCGAAAGGUGUAAAAUCACGCUAAAAAGCUACAAGUUUUAUAUAUCACUUGAGAACAGCAUUUGUAAUGACUAUGUGACUGAAAAAUAUUGGGAUGUUCCAUUUGAUCAUGACGUAGUUCCGAUUGUUUUGGGUUUGAAAUUUUUUAAGGAGUUGGCAAUUCCAGGUUCAUAUAUUGAUGCCACUGCAUUUCCAGAUCUGAAUAGCCUCGUUAAGUACUUGAAAUAUCUUGACGGGAAUGAUACGGCAUAUAACGAGUAUUUUAAAUGGAGGCAGUUUUAUCACACAGCAAAUUUAGAACCGUGGCCAUGUCGUUUGUGCCGGAUGCUACACGACGAUUCGUUGCCUGCGAAAAGUUACAAACGUUUUGACCAGUUCCUCGAUCCAUAUAUGGUCUGUACAAAAGAGCUCAACAAAUAUGUUGCCAACUAUUAGCAUGUUAAUUCCAAGCAAUCGAAACCUUUUGAUGAGUGAAAUCGUCUGGUGUUAGAUUUUAUAGUAGGGCAGAUUUAUAGAGGUAGGGGAACAUUAAAGCUAAAUGAUCAUUAACAAGAGCAGAUAUUUGAGUCGGCACAAAUUAUAAUGCCUAACAAAUAUAUUUUUUGUCAAAUGAAAAAAAAAAAAAUUUUAAACUGAUUUACUAAAUGAAAAUAAAUAUUGACUUGAACGUUCUGUGGCAACGCAUCUAGUAAAUAUAACGCAACGCAGCUAUGUAAAAUAACUUAAAUAUAAUUGCAACACACUUUAUAUUAAUAAUUACAAUAUACUUUAUAAUAUUUAACAAUUAUUCACCGAAGGCGAGGUGAUUUAUCGGUGAAUAAAAACUGAGACAAAGUCAAAAAUAAUUGUUUUAGUAUAAUUUCAUAGGUGAUUAUUUGGAAAAAAAUAAAAAGUACACAUUUCUUCGUCAUUAUUUGAUUGACAAAACAGCUUUGGCCGCCAUUUUGAAAAUCGCUUAGGUGAUUAUCGCAUUAUAAUCACCUCAACGGCAACCAAUCAGCGUGGAGAAUUUUCAAUAAUCACCUAUGUUAUUAUACUAAACAGUAUUAUUCCAUUUUCAGAUAAUUUCCCACUCCAUUACCGGUAACUUUGAUACCAUAUAGACUUUAUAGAGCCAUUGAACCAUUUAAUAGAGCCACUGCUGCACAAGCCCGCGUUGCAGGCUAACACCCUGAAAUUGGGCAGAAUAAAAAUUUUGACAAGAAAGUAAGAAACUUCAAUGUUCAAAUGAGUUUAAAAAAAGAAAUUUUGUCCGUUUAUCGUCACAUUUUACGCAUUGCAAGAAGCUGGAGAGCUAGUUCAGGUUGUGCUGAAGACACUUUAGUAGAAAGGAAUUACAUUGCAAAUGAAUGUAGAGAAUUAUUUCGACAAAAUUCAAAGGUAUUUUAUGUUGUAUAAUUUUUGCACGUGGGUUGAAUACUCCAUGUGUGUUUAUUUAAAAACUUAACUUUGGCAGCCUUUUCGCUUGAAAUAACACUAAAAAGUUAAGAACUUGUACACUCAAAUAACUUAACAUUUAAAGUGAGUAUUAACUUUGACUUUAUUUAUAUGCCAGUUGACAGAUAACCAAGAAAUAUCAAGAUGUCUAGAAGAGGCAAAAACUAGGCUAGAACUAGGUAUAUAAGCUACUAUUUGUUGUAUACAAUGUUUACCCAAUAUUCAGUAUUGGACUUUAUCAGUAGACAAUCUGAUUGGGUCAUUCCAAAAAUCACAAAAGAAAUUGGAAUUUAACCCCAGCCCCCAACCUUUGAGGUGGGGGGGGGGGGGUGAAUAGGUUUUCGGAUCGUCGGAUUUCACAGGAAAAAUCGUUCAGAUUUCGGAUCUGGCGAGUAUUUUACACAGAUUUGGGGAUCCUUGAUUGUGACUUCAUAGUAGCGCUUUUAGCGGAUUCAAAUUUAGACAAGACCAUUGUCGGAUCGUGGAUUUUGCUUCAAAUUUGGGCGGAUUUGUAUACCCCUAUUCACCCCUCCCCCCUUUGAAAAUCCUAGUACAAUUUUCUAUUAUCACAUGUGUGCCCCCCCCCCCCUCUGGACAGCAGAAAUUUUGCCGAUAAGGGGGCCACACACCCUUGGUCAUCAGCUUGGAAAAUGUUAAUAUGGGAUUCAAUCUUUUCAGCUCUACAUUAUGGCAACCCAUAUCCAAGACCGGUAAGUAAAUCUAUUGGUUGGUUGAUAGAAGGGUUCAAAUUAAUGGUGUGUAAUUUGCACAUCAUAGACCUGAGAUGCUUGGUUUGCAAGCGGUACAAAAAAGUAUCGGCAUUUGUAUUCACACGAAGUCGCCAAACGCUCCGAUUUCAUCUCGCUCUGUUUAGAAACCAUGCUCAAAUUGUUACAGCAAAAAUGACGUUUUAGUGUCAACAUUGUCUUGAUGUAAUUUUAACUUUAAUGCCAAGGUAAAUCUUCCUCCAAUGGCACUAGCUUCGCAAGGAAAAACGAAGUUGAAAGCACAACAGAGAGCAAGAAAACAAGCAAAACCAGUUUAUUUACAUUCACACAAGGAGCUGGAAUAAUUCAAUGUAAGAUACAAAUAUUAUUGCAUAAUUAUAAUAUUUAGUAUUACAUACAAGACAUGCAAAUCCGGGCUAGAAAUGUGAAAUUUUCACCACUAUCCAACUUCACAUCUGGUAAUAAUAUCCACCCAGUUUGUAGUGUAUUCAAACAAUGAAACAAGGCAAAACAAGUGUUCAAUUGUAAUGAUUUUGAUAAAUUUAAAUAUGGAUCUAGGGUGGGUUUAUAACAGAGAAGUCUCUAUGGAGGAUAGAAGACUGUUUAGUAGGGCCUCUUGAUGAGCUAUUGCUCCUGCGGCAAACCAGCCCUUCAGGUAUCUGUUUGAAGUCGUGGCUAAUAAUAUAAAUUUGGGUAUGGCCAAUACUGCUUUGCUGUACUGAGGCUCCGGCUAUUAAUUGAUGAGCGAAUGCACAGAGUGGAAGGUCAAAGCUUCAAGGGUGCUGUGAGUUGAGUGGCGGGCAAAUGCUUGCAAGCUUUGUCUAUUUGGUAUAUUGUCCGAGUGCAACACCAGGCUAAAAAUUUCAGCUUGUCAUGACUGCAAGUACCAGUGAAUUACACACAGCCUCUGGCGAAUGGCUGUCAAAU